AUGGGUGAACCUGUCGCCGUUAUAGGUGCAGGACUUGUCGGUUGUCUUGCGUCAAUUGCUCUUGCGAAAAGGGGGUACAAAGUUACUCUCUUCGAGUACAGAGAAGAUCCUCGUCUUACCAGUACAACUGACCGGAAUCUAAGAUCCAUUAAUCUUGCCAUUUCUGCUAGAGGAAUUUCGUCCUUGGAAUACGUUGACAAAGAUGUGUGUGAUCGGGUUCUUGAGGGAAUUAUUCCGAUGAAGGGAAGAAUGAUACACGAUACGAAGGGUAACCAGGAAGCUCAGAAUUACGGUCUUUUCGGAGAAUGCAUAAACUCAAUUGAUCGAGCGGUUUUGAACAGCAGGCUUUUGAACGAACUUGAUGCGCUGGAGAACGUCGAAGUCAAAUUCGGUUACAAACUUGUGAGAAUCAAUUUCGGAGAUAUCAAACAAAACUGUAUUUUCAAAACACGGCAAAACGCCGAAGAAUCGUUCGAAUUCGAUUUCGUAGUGGGCAGUGAUGGUGCCUAUUCGACUGUCAGAGCACAGAUGCAACAUGCCGUCCGUAUGGAUUAUUCCCAGGAAUAUAUUGACACGUGUUACAUCGAGUUGUACAUUCCUCCUGCGAAAACAUUCAAUGACGAUUUCAGAGGUCCCUUUUCGAUUUCGCCAAACCACCUUCACAUCUGGCCCCGUCACAACUACAUGCUUAUUGCACUUGCCAAUUCGGACGGAUCGUUUACUUCAACGUUUUUCGGACCCUGGUCGCUGGUAGAGACCUUGAACUCCAAGUCCAAGAUCGAACAAUUUUUCUUUGCAAACUUCCCCGACGCUGCUCACUUAAUGGGACUCGACCACGCGGUUCAAGCGUUUCUCAACCAUCCAAAGGGAGCCUUGAUGUGUGUUGAAUGUAAGCCUUAUCACGUGCCUGGCGGGAAAGCCAUUCUGAUCGGUGACGCUGCCCAUUCGAUGGUUCCUUUUUACGGGCAAGGCAUGAACUGCGGAUUUGAAGACAUCAAAGUAUUGAUGAACUUGCUAGACAGUCAGAGCCCCGCUGAAGCAUUUGAAAGCUACUCACAGCAGCGCCAUAAGGAUCUGGUUGCCAUCAUUGAACUCGCAAAGGCCAAUUACAAAGAAAUGUCCCAUAAAGUGACUUCUAAGGCUUUUUUGCUAAGAAAGAAACUGGACUCCAUAUUGGCAAGAGUCCUCAAGGGUAAAUGGCUGCCGCUCUACACGAUGGUGUCGUUCAGAGCCGAUAUACCUUACCAUAAAGCCAUUGAGAUCGAGAAAAGACAGAUGAAGAUUCUUAAUUUUAUUCAAGCAAUUCUUCUCGCUCUCACAGCUGCGGGGACGAUUCGAGCUUUUUCCAGACUGAGAAGACUCUUAAAACGCAGUGGAUAA